UGCUGCCUGGUUGGUCAGGUCUUUCAUGGUGGUUAACCAUCAUCUCACGAUCAGCAAAUCUUCAAUUAAUCUCCAUUUUCAAGUCAGUGUGGCCCUCCAUCAUCAUCGUCAUCAUUCUACUGAAUCCAUAUUAAAACGAAGCUUCCGAAAACAACCACGAAUUUAGGGGAGACCGAGCUGCCAUUCCCUGAUGACUCUUAUCAAUUUCUCAGAUCUCCCCUUCAUAAACCCAUACAUACAUCUACUACUCCUUUUCUAGCCCCUCAAAGAUCUGUAUAUAGUUGAUUGGUUUUGUUCCGAAUCGGUAUCCAUUUACUAGCUUCAGUUUGCUGCCUCUUUUGUCUUUUUUGAGGUGAUAAUUGAGAUUUUGUUUUCGACUCUAUUUGGCGGGAAAUUGGAUUUGUCCUCAUCUUACAUUUUGGAAUUUUGAAUUCAAACAGGUCAUUAUCCUGAUCCCUUUAUAAGGAUUUCGUAUUAUUAUACCUGAAGAAGUAAGGAAGAGGAUGGUGAUUUCGGAUAACACCAGAGGGUUAAUUCUGGCAAUAUCAUCAAGCUUGUUUAUUGGAACGAGCUUUAUAUUGAAGAAGAAAGGUCUAAAGCGUGCUGCUGCUGCUGGCACUCGAGCAGGAGUUGGAGGCUAUGCUUAUUUGCUUGAACCACUUUGGUGGACAGGCAUGAUAUCAAUGAUCGUUGGGGAGGUGGCCAAUUUUGUGGCUUAUAUUUAUGCUCCAGCAGUUCUGGUGACCCCUCUUGGUGUUUUGAGUAUAAUUAUCAGUGCUAUUUUGGCGCACUUUCUGUUGAAAGAACGAUUGCAAAGAUUAGGUGUACUGGGAUGCAUUUCGUGCAUCGUGGGCUCAGUGGUUAUUGUUAUCCAUGCACCUCAGGAGAAUAUGCCAGCUUCUUUAGAAGAAAUCUGGAUUUUGGCAACUCAACCAGCAUUUUUGGCUUAUGUAGCUGCAACUUUAUCGAUGGUGCUAGCUUUGAUUUUGCAUUUUGAGCCUCGCUAUGGGCAGACAAAUAUACUGGUUUAUUUGGGAAUCUGUUCCUUAAUGGGUUCAUUCACGAUUGUCAGCAUAAAGGCUAUUGGAAUUGCAAUAAAACUUACUUUGGAAGGAAUUAGUCAAGUUGCUUAUCCUCCGACAUGGUUUUUUCUUUCUGUUGCAGUGAUAUGCGUCAUCACACAGCUAAAUUACCUUAAUAAGGCACUGGAUACAUUCAACACCGCAAUUGUUUCACCACUAUAUUAUGUAAUGUUCACCACAAUGACCAUAAUCGCAAGUGCAAUAAUGUUCAAGGACUGGGCAGGACAAAGUGCCAGCGACAUAAUUUCUGCGAUAUGUGGAUUUAUAACUGUACUUUCAGGAACAGUCAUGCUCCAUGUCACUAGAGAGCAGGAACCAGUUCCUUUGCCAGGAACUGUAACCUGGUACGAUGGGGAACAAAUAAAGGCUAUAGAGGAUGGACAUUACAUCCUGUUGCAUGAUUCAGAAUACUUAGACUCAUAUAGUGUCUCGACAAAGAAUUAGAGUGGUUGAUUGCAGAACUGGAGGUUCUAUCACAGCCCAUUCUUGAUUUGUGCAGUAGAGGAAAUGAGGUUCUCGAGUUCUCGUUUAAGCUGAUUGAUCUUGAGGUUCACAACUGCUUGGCAAUUUCUUCCUAUGUGCAUAAGGCUAGAGGGAGAGGUUUUGAUUUUUCAAGAUUUCUUGAGCAACAUGGGGAUACAUCUGGACAUGGUUUUCUUGCAAAUCUCUAAUUGUCUAAUUGCAGUCGGGGUUUGUACAUAUAUGGCUUCUUUCUAAUGUAAUUAUUCAUUAUUUUUUCAUAAUGAGAUAUAGCAUUUCAAGCAUAUGUUUUU